UCGUCCAUCCAUUACCAUUUUUAGCAGUAUCAGACAAUGGCUUUCUGCUUUCUGGUCUGAUUUUUCUCUCAUACAGAGAGUUUCAAGCAGGAAACCCGUGUGGCGAAACCCAGACGGAACUCUACCUACUGCUGUUCCUCCGCAUCUUUCCUCCCCUAGAAGCUAGAGAGAGAGUAGAAUGAGUCUUUCUGUCCUCCUCUUUGGCCGUCUUUGUGUUUGCAUUGUUUCCAUGUCUGUUUAAUCUGAGCUCCGGUCAGGAGUUAGGGUUUUUUGAGUGGAAAGUGGGCAAAACCUUAAAGUUAUCUGGUUUGGCCCUCCGACGAGGUGGAGAUGUGGGGAGAUGGGGGUAGAUUUUAUUGGGGAAGAAAGGAGGAUGGGAAGGUCGAGGGAAUCGUCGUGCUGUUCGCUUGGAUGUCCAGUCAGGAGAAGCAUGUAAACUCGUACGUUAAGCUCUACGCUUCUCUCGGAUGGAAUUCCCUGGUCUGUCAUUCCGAUUUUCUCAAUCUAUUCUUCCCUGAGAAGGCCACAUCACUAGCAUUUGGUGUCCUCAAUGAGCUGGCCAAGGAACUUAGGGUUAGGCCUUCCCCUGUCGUCUUUGCAGCUUUUUCUGGGGGUCCAAAAGCUUGCAUGUACAAGGUUCUUCAGAUAAUUGAUGGGAAGUGUGAAGGCAUGCUUAAUCUGGAUGGGCAUCGGCUUGUUAGAGACUGCCUUUGUGGUCAUAUUUAUGAUUCUAGUCCUACAGACUUUACCAGUGAUUUGGGUACUCGAUUUGUUCUUCAUCCCACAGUUCUUAAAAUGUCUCGUCCACCUAGACUGAUGUCAUGGAUAGCAAAUGGAAUUUCUUCUGGCCUGGAUGCCCUAUUCCUGAAUAGGUUUGAAUCACAGCGUGCUGAGUAUUGGCAGACUCUCUACUCCUCAGUUAGCAUUGGGGGUCCAUUUCUAAUUUUUUGCUCAGAAGAUGAUGAGCUUGCUCCCUUUCAAAUAAUAUGUAAUUUUGCUGAACGUUUGCAAGGCCUUGGGGGUGAUGUGAAACUAGUGAAAUGGAAUGGCUCCCCUCAUGUAGGUCACUACCGACAUUACCCAACUGAUUAUAAGGCUGCUGUGACUGAAUUGCUUGGGAAGGCUGCUUUAGUUUAUGCCCGAAAGAUUCAACAACUUGAAGGAGAAAGGAUGGGAGAGGAAAGGUCAUAUGAUGAUAUAUCUGAGUCAAUCUGUACCCUUCGAAAAGUAGCGGUUAGCUCAAAUCAGAGCUUACGCAGAGUUGCUAUUGGGCCGAGUGACCAUUUCUUCUUGCCUAGCUCAGUGGAUUAUCAGGAGGGUAGAGAUGUGGGGUCAGUGCCAGAUGAACGGAGGGAAGGAUUGGUCCAUGUGCAGAACCCGCCAAGAAUCAAUGCAUAUGGGGUUCUGGGUCAAAUACUCUUUGACGUGUGUGUCCCCAAGAACAUUGAAGGAUGGGAUGUAAAACCGCCUGGUCCUUUGAAUGGAAAGCCAUUUUCUUCUGUGCGUAGGCAUGCACCUUUUAAUCCCAUCAGAUGCAUACGUCGCUCGAGACUAUAAGACUGACAUACAUAGAAAUUUCGUUGUAGCGUGCUUAUGAAUUUGCGGGAUGGAAGUAUGGGCGCCAUUCAGAUUCAAAGAUCUCCAUGAACAUGCAAGCAAAUCUUAUCCAUUUGUUCCCAUGAGAUGCACAAAAACUAGAGACGUAGACACAGAAAGCACAUCUGUGAGUGUGAGGUGUUAACCCUGUUUUUUUAUGGCAACAAAGGAUAUUUCUAAGGCUUGUUCUUGUGAUUUUAUGCAGGCAUGAAAUGUACAGGUAGUUUUUUUGGGGGGUAAAGAGUACAGGUAGCUAAGUUUUAUAAUUGGAGAAGAAUUAUAACUGGAAAUAAGAGGAAGUCUUGAAUGUAAGAAUUUGCAGCUAGUGCCUACUACGUAAUACGUAAUGAUAGUUUUACUCAA